AUGAUCCGAUUCUACGUGCAGGUCAUAUCUGAACCGACUCCCAACCCUGACUCGGUCAUGUUCUACCCUGGGAAGCACCAGGUGCUCGGGUCGGGCAUGAAGACUAUCAAGUUCAACAACAAGUACGACACUGCCGACUCACAGCUUGCCGCUGCCAUAUUCAAGGUGAAAGGCGUCAACGAAGUGAUGCUGGCUGCGCGCCAUAUCACUAUUACCAAGGAGUCCCGCCUGGACUGGGAGAUCAUGACGCCGAACCUGGAGCUGGUGAUCAGCCAGUUCUACGCCGCCGGGCUGAAGGCGGUGAGGGAAGGCGUGGUGGAAAGGCAAGAGGCCACCGAGAAGCCGGACCCUGGUAGCCUGGAGGCCCAGAUCGUGGAGCUGCUCGAGGACCGCGUGCGGCCCUUUGUGCAGCAGGACGGUGGCGACGUGGAGUUUCACCACUUCGACCACUCG